CACACUGGCGCUGGCUGGGUUUCCGGUUCUGUUGUAGCAGUUUUCCCCCAUGAUAAUGCUCCGGUGUCCGUGGCGCCAGUGAAAACAGGGACAAACUGUCGUGACAGUUGACGAGCUUUUGUCUCCUUUCCGGUUAGAUAUUCGCUCUCAUGUUUUGGUUUUUUUAAAACCGUGUAGAGAGUGUGUUUUUGCCGCAGCAGCAGCAGCAGCAGCAGCGCGUGAGUGUAUGACGCCGAGCAGCAGCAGCAGCAGUCAGUCGGUGUUGUUAGCAGAGUCAAAAUGGCGUCGGUUUCCCCACCAAACGCUUGUCUAAUCCAUCUGUGAUUAUCCUCGUAGACACGUUCACACACCGGGGGGGAGAAGCUUGAGAGCGUUUCGGGUUCAUACAGCGACACAGUCGAGGCACAUUUAUUUCAUUUAUUUCAUUUAUUUCAGCGCCAUGUCGGACUCGGAGGAGGAGAGUCAGGACAAACAGCUCAAAAUUGUCGUGAUUGGAGAUGGUGCUUGUGGGAAGACGUCACUCGCCACCAGGUUUUCACAGGAGGCCUUUGGGAAGCAGUACAAACAAACCAUCGGCCUGGAUUUCUUUCUGAAGAGAAUAAGCCUUCCAGGUAAUUUGAACGUGACCCUGCAGGUGUGGGACAUUGGAGGCCAAACGUUAGGAGGGAAAAUGCUGGAUAAAUACGUAUACGGAGCUCAUGGCGUUCUCCUGGUGUAUGACAUCACCAACUACCAGAGCUUUGAGAAUCUGGAGGAUUGGUUCGUGAUGGUGAAGAAGGCCAACGAGGAGUCUGACGUCCAGCCUGUCGUCUCCUUGGUGGGCAACAAAAUCGACCUGGAGCACAUGAGGACAGUGAAGUCUGACAAACACCAGCGUUUCUGCCAAGAGAACGGCCUCGUCAGUCAGUUUGUGUCGGCCAAAACGGGCGACUCGGUGUAUCUUUGUUUCCAGAGGGUUGCUGCUGAAAUUCUUGGUGUAAAGCUAAACAAAGCAGAAAUAGAGCAGUCUCAGCGUGUGGUGAAGGCAGACAUCGUGAACUACAGCCAGGACACCGUGGCCAGGACAGUCAACCCCCCACGCAGCUCCAUGUGUGUGGUGCAGUGACCUCCUCAUUUACACAUACACACACACACACACACACACACUCUUCAGUCAGUAUUCCUUACGUCAGGAGUUUUGGAGUUACUGGAUCACUCGUGUUCAGAGAGCGCUCUCUGUGUUCCUGUGUGCCAGUUGAGUGGGUGAGAUGAAGAACAGACUGUGUGGUUUUCAGGUCUUUGGUCUGUUGUUUCGGAUAUUUGGCAGAAAUCACUUUUUAGUAUGGUUCACCAAAAAAAGGAAAUGGGACCUAAUUUUUUUUACAUGCAGCUAUUACUUUACUUCAAUGAUUCAUUUUUAAUAGAUAAAAAAAGUGUUAGUAUGAAGCUGGUUGUCAACUACUAUAAUCAUUCACUCUUGUAGACGAGAGCCUUUUUCUACAUUUCAUCCUCUGCUGUUGCAAUUAGGAGCUGUUUUUCAAUGAUUAGAGAGAGUGCAGAGGAUUUCUAAAGUUACUUUAAACAUGUGUUUCGUUCAUCUCCGUCCCGCUGACUGCAAAUUGCAUUCGUGGUACGAAUGUAUGGGACAUUUUGUGAAAUCUGUUUAGGAUUUAACCUGGUUUUAACAUCCGUCUUCAAUGAUUCGACCAUGGCCAGAUCUGAACGUGUCCCCAGAUCUGAUCACACAAACCACACAUUAGUCCACAUCCCUGAUCGUCCUCAGGGUGGAUUAGACAUCGUCUCCUCGGGUGAUGUGAAAUGUUGAAUUUCCAAGUAUUUCAGUGAGUACCCUGUAAAGGGUUAACAGGUAACACACACACACACACACACAGUAACAGGAGAUGCAUCCUUGAAUAAUUUUAAUGACAAUUUGUAUAAUCUGGCUGUGAUCGGAUCACUGAGGAUGGAAGAUAAUCCCAUGUCUGUUCCUCAGCAGAACAGAAGAAGAAAAAGACAAUGUUUCAAUGCUAUAGUUCACUGAACGGAAUCUCUGUCUUCAAUUUGCCAAGUAGAGGCUUAUGCUAGCAGUGCUGUGACGUGGAGUGUGUGCUGUUAUUUUACGUAGAAUCAUUUAAAUUUUCCAUUUUCUUUUUUUAUUCUGUACUUACUUUUAUCACCAUCAUUUGCUUAUCUCUUAUAAUAUGUCUGCAAAUGUUUUACUGUUAAGUCUGUAAUCACAUUUCAAUGAUUUUUGUGUCUCAUUUUCACUGAUAGAGAGCUGAUCAGAUGCUGUAUUUAUGCAGUGUGCUAAUAAAGCUGAACGAUUAUGACUCAGGAAGUACCUGAGUGUUGAGGUGAGCAUGAGGUAAAAAAAGAAAUGUGCAUUUUACUAGAUCUCCACAUUAACCUUAUUCAACUGUCCGUUAUAGAACAGAAGUUUGCGUUGAAGAAAAAACAGCGACGCAUAAAAUGUUUCGCAUCUUUUUGACCACAUUUUACAAACUUUGUUGUUGAGUCCACUCGGAUGUUGUACGUUUUGUCAAAUGGUGUCCUCCACUUAAUAGAUAACAGUUCUGCACUUAAAGGCAUGAUGGGAUUUAAAGUGGUGUCCACCUCCCUCUAUAUUCUGAAAUACUGUAUAUUUAAAUAUGUUUGUACUGUAUAAACAAUCCUCCGCUCCAUCGCGCAUCCUGUAAACAAAUGUAUGCUUUAAAAACUUAAUGAAUGUACAGUUGGAACAUUUAGUUGAGAGCGAAACAGCAACACAGGUUUUGUUGUGUUUCUGAAUAAAAUUCUACAUGAAAACA